AUGUCAGUAACUUCAGAGGAUGACGGUGCAGAAGACGACGGCCGCCUCCUGGACAGCAGUUCGAGCAUGCAUAACCGGUCUUACCCGCGCAGCAGCCCGUCAGAGGCCAGUCAUCAGAAACAAUUUCCGGAUCAGGGCCCCAACGACGACAACGCCAACGACAAUGACAGUGACGACAAGGACGAACAGGCCUCCGGGUCCGGUACCGAAAACGACUCUGACGCCGACGAAGAUGACACCGACCCUCUCCCGCCACCGCCGCCCGUCUCUCAGCAUGCCUUCGCACCGCCAUUCUACGGCCGCCCGCCCACGCCCUUGCCCCCAUCCCCAUCCCUGACCUCCCUCCUCCGCCCGUCGCGCCCGACAACCCCAGACGCGUCGGAAGACGAAGGCGGCGGCGGCGGCCACCCGGGCGACCCGCUGCCGCGCGCCCGCCCCAAGGUGCCGACCUACGAGUACUACGGCUUCGUGCUGUACCUGUUCAGCUCGCUGUCGUUCCUGAUCUACCUGCUCUGGAGCUACCUGCCGUCGCCCUUCCUCCACGCGCUGGGCAUCUACUACUACCCGAACCGGUGGUGGUCGCUCGCGAUCCCGAGCUUCCUGGUCAUGCUGCUGGUGUACAUCUACGUGGCGCUCGCGGGCUACAACGUCGAGAUCCUCACGCUGCCGCUGAACAGCGUCGAGACGGUCGUCGAUGAGGCCGCGCAGGUCGCGGUGGUCGAUGAGCGCGGGAGGAUCAUCCGUAGUGGGAGGAGGGUGGACAGGGAUAAGGUGGGGAAGGCGGAGGGUAUGGUCCGGAGGAAGGGGAGUGUAAGGGGUGCUAGCGGUGGUGACGGGCUAGAUUUGGAUUGGAGGGAGGUCUGGAACGAAGGGACGGACGCUGUUAUGGAUGUGCCGCUCGCGGGGGUUUGUGAGGUGCUAUAUGGGGAGGGCAGGGACUGGGAUAGCGAGUUGGAGGAUGAUGACGUGGUGAUUACGAGGGUGUAA